ACCGCCGCGGCUCGUGAGCUUGUAAUAAAUAGAUAAAAGUAAAAUAAGGGUACAAUCAGGUAAAUGCUAUUUUAAGCACAGAAAUCGUGCAAGGAUUGGCUGGUAAUUUCUUCAGUUACAAUGACCACUUACUCCUUUCGUGGCACUGCCAAAACGUGGACGCCACGCCAAGAGGAUGAAGCCCAACAUAUGGCAACAGCUGAUUGUAAACAGCUUACGAAUGCAUGCGGCUCGCCGCUUCCACUCAACUUAGAUGCCGUCAAUGACAAGUGGAAUAAUAAUCAGCUUUUCCGUCUCCUGCGUUUCUACGCAGCUCACACAUGUCUCUGGGACACCUCCGAUCCUGGCAACCGUAAUCGGAAACUGCGUAAGGCUGCGCUUAUGGAUAUCACAGCGGCUAUGGGCGAUGGUGGAACAUGUGCGCAAGUAUUGCAAAAGAUCAAUGUGCUCCGGGCAACCUAUCGUUAUGAAAAACGGCGCAUUAAGCAGCGCAUACGUAAAGGGAUAGGCGCUAAAACUAAGUUAAAGUGGUUCGCUUUAGCGGAUUCAUUCUUAAGGAAAGUGCCUAGAUCCGAGAGAAACAGGAAGAAAGAGGAUGCCGAUAGUAAUUCGGAUUUGGAAGAUGUGGUCGUGUUUACCAUAGAUCCCGACACGUUGUUUACAGUAGAAACCAACGAUUUUUCUCAAUACGAAGAGGUGUAUAUUAAAAAGGAGACCGUGGAGAAUCAGAAAACAGUGGAAAAUGAAAGUUAUCCAGUGAACGAGAUGUCCCCGCCAACCGAAAUUGAAGUUAGCUCCCCAAUUAAAAGUGAAAGUGUUGUUGCCGAACAACGAAAAUGGACCACGCACGAGUCCUUGCAGUUUAUUUUUCUACUACGCUCUUAUCCGUUGCUUUGGCACUUGUCAUUGAACGACACAGAAAAGAUUGAGCAGCAGUCGUUUCAACAAGAAAAUGCGUUAGAAGAUAUUUCUCGCAUAAUGCAGCUGUCUAAGCAACGCUUGCGAAAGCGUUUACAAACUUUCUUUGCCACUUACAGGUUAGAGAUGGAAAAAAUCUCGAAAGAUACCAAUUACACACCGAAUUUCGUAUGGUGGCCAAUGGUGCAGGAGUACAUUGAGAACACAAGAAUGGAGCAAGUAAAUGCCAAUGAAAGCGCUAUAGAUGGUAAACAGGCUAUUCACAAUAAAAUUAAGCCUGUGGAUCAUUCAGCUCUGGAUGCGCCUGCUUAUAAAUCAACUGAUGCGCUUGCUUUAAGCGCAUGUUCUUCCCCAACUGCGUGCCGAGUUUGUUCACCACCACUUCCAAAUAACGAAAACAGUAAUGGCAUGAGUAGUUGCUCUUUCGCGGAUCACCAAAUCUUUAGCCAGCCACCUAUGAAACUCAUUUGGAAUGGGCUAGAAGAUGAUCUGCUUGAAGGUAAAUGGUCACUCAAGCACUCUGUAAAAUUUUUACGUCUCUAUGGGUCGCAUCGCUGUCUUUGGGAUCUCAACGAUCCAGAUUAUCGUUCGCGCGAAAUGCGUACUGCUGCUAUUGAAGAUAUUGCCGCCGCUAUGGGCUAUGGCCUGGACGCUGACUACGUGGCGAAGAAAAUAAAAAUUUUUCGCAUUACUUAUAUGCAGCAUCGGAAACGUAUGCUGGAGGCCACUAAGCAAAAUCACGACCCGGAUAUACAAUUGCGUUGGUUUCCCUUAGCCGACAGCUUCCUACGUCCGCAUAUUGGCUUACGCUCGAUUAAGGAGCAGGAGCGUGAAAUGCCGCAAUUCGACUUUCAAUAUGUCUAUGCGAAUUUGAAUUUAAUUGAUCCCGGUCUGCUGGCGGAUUUUGAUUGAAUAAUAACAGAGUAUUAUACAAAAAUGUACUUUAUAAAGUUCUUAAAGUAUUAUAUUGUUUAUAU